CCGGCGGUGAUUUCCUCCGUAGAAGUCACCCCCUCUCGGAGCAUACGGCCCUGCAUCCCGCUUACCGGCUCAACUACAUGGACCACCUUUAUCACCAGCUCCAGGCCUCCACGCACAGUCCCAACGCCUCGUUACACGGGCUGGGUGGUUUGGGCCCCGAGUACCUCCUGCACGCGGCGGGACCGGCGAGUACCCUCGCUUCAUCAGAAUUUCCCUUUUCCAUCGACGUAUCGGCGUCGUCGAGGCUAGGAAGUCCGCGGGCGUCCGCUAUUAGGGCGAGCCGGAAACGGGCGUUGAGCAGUUCACCGUACUCGGAUCGUUUCGACAUCGACAGCAUGAUCCGAUUCAGCCCGAACAGCCUGGCCUCCAUCGUAAACGGGUCGCGGAGUAGCAGCGCGAGUGGCAGCUACGGUCAUCUUUCCGCCGCGAUGAGUCCAGCAUUGGGGAUGCACCCAGGCAUGGCGCCGCACCUACAGCAGCUUCAGGCUCACCUUUUGAGGAGCGCAGCGGCAGCUGCCCUUCUGCCACACGCGCAUCCCUUGCAACCCCCCGCGCCUCCACCACCGCCGCCACAUCCUCACCCACACGCUCAUGGAUUAUCACCGCAUUCGCAAUUGUACCCCGGAGUGCCACCCCAUUCCACCGCCUCGGCGACCCUCGGUCCUCACGGAGGAGGACUCCCCCCGAAAACCGAGAGCGCGGAGUCGUGCAGAAAGGCGUCGGAAUCGUCGAGCAGGUCAGUGACGGCCGAAGCUGACACCUCCUCGAGGCGAGCGUCUACUAAAGUGAAGAGGGAACCGGCGACGACCACGACGACGAAUGCUACGACGACCACUGCGCCACCCACCCAUCCUCAGGGUCUCAGCCCCAGCGAGGACCUCAGGGACGAACCCGGUGAUUUCAUCGAGACCAAUUGUCACUGGAGGGACUGCGGCCUCGAAUUUCCCACCCAGGAUGAUCUUGUGAAACAUAUCAACAACGAUCACAUACACGCGAACAAGAAAAGCUUCGUCUGCGGCUGGGAGGACUGUUCGAGGGAAGAAAAACCGUUCAAAGCUCAAUACAUGCUGGUGGUGCACAUGAGAAGGCACACUGGUGAAAAACCUCACAAAUGCACGUUCGAGGGCUGCUUCAAGGCAUACUCGCGAUUGGAGAACCUGAAGACUCAUCUUAGGUCGCACACCGGCGAAAAACCGUACACCUGCGAAUAUCCCGGAUGCAGCAAAGCGUUCAGCAACGCUAGCGACCGUGCAAAGCACCAGAACAGGACUCAUUCCAACGAAAAACCAUACGUCUGCAAAGCUCCGGGUUGCACGAAGAGGUACACAGACCCAUCGUCACUGAGGAAGCACGUGAAAACAGUGCACGGCGCGGAAUUCUACGCGAACAAGAAGCACAAAGGCGGCGGCGGAGACGGCGGCGGAAGCGACGAGGCCGGCGCUGGCGGCCACAGCCCCAGCAGAAGCGAGGAUCUUCACCCGAAGACGCCGAGCUUAUCGAGCCCGAGCGUCAAAUCCGAGAGCGAGGCUAACAGUCCUCCUAGCAUGAUGCAGCAACAGGGAAGUCCUUUGGUCGGCGGUUGUAACGACGAAGUCGCAGGUGUCGGCGCCUUGAACGCCGACGGAGUCGCAUUGGCUGAGGAACCUUGGAACGAGGAGCCCGACGAUCUGGACAUCGCUGAUCUGCCGGUCGCCCUUCGUGCUAUGGUCGGCGGAAUGGAGUCGCAACAGCAGCAACAACCUCCUCCACCAACCUCGAGAAAUCGGCUGAAAGGCAGACUGAGUGCGAAGGGCAUGCCGAAUUUGCCUGUUAGCAUGUCGGGCAUGAGAGGAACGCGCGGAAUGGGUCCUCAGGGCAACAUCGGCGACCUGAACAGGCGAAUCACCGAUCUGAAAAUGGAAGGUGGCGGUCCUAAUCGUCAAACGAGCCUGUCGGACUUGCAGCUCAGGUUGCAGCCUCUCAGCGAGCCGCGAAGGGACAGCAACAGCACCGUGAGCACUUACUAUGGCAGCAUGAAGUCGACGGACUUCGGUAGCAGAAGAAGCAGUCAAGCUAGCGCGGGCAGUGCUGUUAGAAUGGGUCAAACGGGUCCCGGAAGUUUCUAUGAUCCUAUUAGCCCGGGCACGUCCAGAAGAAGUAGUCAGAUGAGUACUACUUCCGGUAGAAUCAACCCGCCCAGCCAUCUUCAAGGACCUUACUCGACGAGCAAUCUCGUCGUUCAAACCCAGAACAUGUCUCUUCAGGGGAUCCAGAGUGUGCCGGGAGAUUGGAACGGUCCGAGCGGUCAUUGCACGCAACCGUCGAACGAUCGUCGCAUGUCGGAGCCAACGAGAGGUCAUCAAGCUCAAAGAAAUUCCCCGCCCAUGCCACCCAGGCCGAGGUCGGCUCAGCUUCCAGAGCAUCAUCCUAAUCAGGAAGUUAUCCUCGACGAAGUCGGCGAAGGCGAAAUGGUAGAGAAUAAGCUGGUCAUUCCCGAUGAGAUGAUGCAAUACUUGAAUCAAGUACAAGCAGGUGGCGCCCAAUUGAACUAUCGUGGCAGCCCCCUUCCCAUCUGUCAGUCUCCCAUUUGUACCAAUCCUUUGCACUAUCAACGUCAAAUGCAACCUUGCAAUUACAAUCAGUCUCAUCAGCAGAGUUGUUACUCUCAACCACAGCAGCAACAGCAACAAGGCGGUCAACCAACUUGCAUGAAUUAUCAGAAUACCUCUCCGUCACCUUACAAUCAAUGCCCCAGUUCGCGACCCACUCCACCAAAUUCGCAAUACUGUCCACCGCCUAAUUACCCGCCUCAACCGAACAGCGGACAAGUCCUCAGCCCCGCGUCAGGCCAAGUCAUGUCCCCCGGAUCUCAUUACGCGCCGAGUCACAUCAGCGACCAACCUUUGACAUCACCGGCGGCUGGCGCUCUGGCGCCUCAACACCCGCCUCAAAGUCUUCCUCAAAAUUCUGCCCAGAUGACCAGGAACUGCCCCCAGAACCACGCGCAUCACGGUUACUACCCUAACUACAACUGUCAAGGGCAGAUGAACGCGAAUUGCGCGGGGAACAUGAACGGCCAAUCAAACCACCACGGAAAUAGCCCCUGCGCACCGCCUAACCACAGUAGUAUAGCUCAACAACCGUGCGUACCGAUGCGUCCGACCGGCAAUUGUCAGCAGUUAUGCGGCCAGCAGACAGCGAUGCCUAAUCAGACGACGAUGAAUCAUACGAACGCGCAAUGCGGUCAGAUGGGCAAUCAAUGCACCAGGCCAAUGGUACCGGCCAAUGGCCAGGUACCAAACCAGUGCGCGCCGAUAUCUCCGCACUGUUCCCAGCUGAAUAUGCCUAAUCAAGCUAAGCCGAUGACUAGUCUUCAGGGUUGUCAACAGCAAACGACACCCUGCCUGCAAAUGGGCACUUGCGCGCAUCCCACUGGUGGCCACAGACCGACGGUUACCGAUGCCAGUCUGCCUAAGAGAACCUCGCCCCAGUUGUGCACUGCUCAGCAGACCAACUGCAGGAUGCAGCAGCAGCAUCACGCGUGCACGCACAAUUGCCAGGCCCACGGCAAUCCCCCGGGUCACGCACAGUUCAACUGCAGCUGUCAGUGGGGCUACGGCGGCGAUCAAUGUUACCACGAGCAAGCAGGCGCUGCUAUGCCGGAAAUUCAAUGCAGGGACAUCAGUCAGUCGCAGCAGGGAUCGCCUAUGAAACCGCCACAGGGCAUGAGGCAAGAUUCAUAUCGAAGGACCCUCGAAUACGUGCAACAGUGCAGGAAUUGGUCUGGUAACGCGCAGACACACGAGACGAACGUCUCGAGUUCCACUCAUCCGAUGUCUUUGCCGCAGCCGCUGCCAUCCAGUGCUAACAUGGUAGUAAACGACAUGACCUCGUCUCUCAGCUCGCUGCUCGAGGAGAACAGAUACUUGCAGAUGAUUCAGUGAAUCGAUAUAAAUGCAGAAACACGUAAAAUAUAUAUUUUCUACUGUCUCCUUUUUUAUAUGAAAUUACUUAUCCAGUUAACUCGAUCUUAUCAGUCGACAAUGGACGAAAUUCUCGGUGAUUAAGCAAACGAUUGACAAUCAAAGUGAUAUACGAUAAGGAUCCGAAAAUGUUCUCUCUAUUUUGUGCUACUUAGCCCGUAGUUUCUGUACAAAAUUGGAACCACUUUCCGGGUGCCUUAUGAUCGAGCCUAAACGCGUACAAGUGUGGAGUAAUUUAUUACACUCUUAGAGAUAUAUAUAUAUAUACAUAUUUAAGAUACAACUUGAAACACUGCAUUGAAAUUUAUAAAUAGUUUUUAACCAAGCGCUACGGAAUUUAUAGGAGUUUUAAAAGUUGUCAGAGACUGUAUUUUUCGACGGUGUCCUUCUACCGUAUUUUUGUACCAAUCCUCCUCAAUGCGUGCCAACAAUGUUCUUAAUCGAAUAGUCUGUAAUUUUAUAAUUUAGCGUAAACAAGCAGGCGGCGUGCGGACGGUGCGCUGUGAUAACGAUGCACUUGAACGAGAUUAAUCAACGACAAUACAAACGUAAACUACUAAAAAAUA